UACAGUUGAACACCUCUUGGCUCUUCUUGCUAGUCAACGUGCGCAGUGUUGUGUUGUGACAAUGUCAGACGAUCAAGUUAUAAGACAACGGUUGUUGAUAGAUGGGGAUGGCACUGGUGACGAUCGUCGUAUUAAUGUAUUAAUCGGAUCUUUCAUGAAAUGGGUCAAUUGUCCGGACGCGGAUGAUAGUUCGCAAGAAAAAAUACUACAACUACUAUCGCAAUGCGAACAUGCUCAAAGAAAAUCUCGAAUAGUUUCCAACACUCAUAAAAAAGAAUUGAAUAAUUAUCGUAAGUUGACCGAAGAAAUCGAAGUGGAAAUUAAAGAUGCGGAAUUGAACAUCAAAAAAACCAAAAAAGAGCUGCAAGAGGCAAAACAAUUGAAAAGAAAUAAAACAGAAUAUAAUGUUUUGGCUGAAGUGAUAAUGGGUCAGCCGGAUAGAAAAAAAGCAGAUCUCAAAUUUAAAAGUUUACAAAAUCAAUUGAACCAUCUUGAGGAAAAACUCGAAAAACGUCGGAAGCAAUUUCACGUUCUAAUAUCUUCCAUACACUCUAUACAAAAAAUGUUGGACGAUGAUGAAUUAGACGAUGGAAUUAUGGAAAUAAGCUUAGAAGAUAGUGAUCUCACAAAACAAUAAUUUUAAAAAAGUUAUUUGUAAUUCCAUUAUUAAUCUUUAAGAAAGAGUUUAUAAUGAUUAAGAACGUAAGAAUAAAACAUUACUAGAUUAAUAACAAAUCUAA